CGCAAUCGCGGCGGUCGCGGCGUGCCUGGCCCAGGGCGCCCCGCGGGGGCGUGCGCGCCGCGCGCGUGCUGGGCCGGCUGGGCGCCGGGCGGCACCUCCUUCGACCCGGCGUCUGUUUACCAACAUACUGCCGGCGCUCGGCAGCCACGCAUUCCGACGCGCUGAAUAAGCUGCGGGACUGGCGGGCUUGGUCCGUAGCGGCAGGGUCAUAACCGCCGCGCAGAUCCCCCAGAGCCAGAGAGCGCGACCGCAGGUUCCUUUCGCCCCCGCAGCCACAGCGCCUCCGCUAAGGCACUGCUCCCCUCGGCCCUUGGGCAUUGCCGCCCUGUCGACUUCCUUGCCUUUGUGCCGUUAUGACCAGACUGCCCCAAUCGUCCUGCAACCCCAGCACCUCUCUGCAGCGGACCCCGAGAUAGCCGGGCAUGGGGAGUUCGCACCGCUCGCCUCCCAUCUCCCUGUUCUGAAUUUCCCUACCCCGGGCUGCCCCGGGGGCGGGGCCGGGGCGGGGAGGUGGGGGGAAGGCCCCGGGGGCAGGCCUCCGUGAGGUCACCGCGUGUGGUAGCCAAUCCGCUGCGUUUAAGUGGGCGGGGACCCCGUCGGGUCCCGGGAACCGAACCCUAGAGCCAGCCGAGUGGGGGCCCCAUGGAUUUAGGGGGGAGGGGAAAAGUCAUGGGGGACACCCUACCCACCCCGAACCCCUUUCCCAGGCGCGGGCUCUCCGCUGAUGAGGCUCAGAAAGACACUUUCCCCGGGAUAAGUGUGGGGAAGGCUGGUUGAGGGGCUCAUCCGGCCCCAACGCCUGAGGCUCGGAAAAGAAAGAGUUGGCGGAGGGAGCGGACUCACUGCCUGGCCAUGGCCUAGGCCCUCGAGCCCCGGCCCCGGCCGCAAUGACCUCUUUGCCCUGCCCCCUCCCUGGCCCGGACGCCUCCAAAGCCGUCUUCCCGGACAUCGCCCCCGUGCCAUCGGUAGUGGCUGCCUACCAGCUUGGCCUGUCCCCCGCAACCGCAGCCGCCUCCGAUUUGCCCUAUUCUGGGCCGUAUGGCCACCUUCUGCCCUAUCCCUACACCGGGCCGGCGAUCCCCAGAGACUCCUACCUGCCCUGCCAGCUAUCCACGGCGCCGUCUCAGCCGGCUCAUCAAGAGCGGGAGACAGACUCGGAGAAGCCUCCGCUGUCCCCGGAGCCCGCGGAGCGGCGCCCACAGGCCUCGACCAAGAAGCUGCGGAAGCCGAGGACCAUCUACUCUAGUCUGCAGCUGCAACACCUGAACCAGCGUUUCCAGCACACGCAGUACCUGGCGCUGCCCGAGAGGGCCCAGCUGGCCGCGCAGCUCGGCCUCACCCAGACGCAGGUGGGGCCAGUGCCAUCCUCCACCAACCUUCCCCAAGUGUGUUCCCUGGGAACUCACCCUCAGGUAAAGAUCUGGUUUCAGAACAAACGCUCCAAGUAUAAGAAGCUCCUGAAGCAGAACUCUGGAGGACAGGAAGGGGACUUCCCUGGGAGGUCCCCCUCUCUGUCUCCCUGUUCUCCACCUCUUCCAGCCCUCUGGGAUCUACCCAAGGCAGGGGCCCUGCCCACCGGUGGCUAUGGCAACAGCUUUGGAGCCUGGUAUCAGCAUCACUCCCCAGAUGUCCUAGCUCCACCUCAGAUGAUGUGAGUCUGAGGAGGAGCAGGUCAGGCCCCAGCCUCCUACAGAGCCCAGGCAGGACCCAGCCCACCGGCACCCUCUCUGGGCUGGGAGGAAACCAGAUCCAGAUGGGUUUUCUCAGGAGGAUGAGGAGCUAGAGGAGGAAAAGGAUGGGAUGGUGAGUCCUUUCCUCCUUGCCUCAUAACCCAAAUAGCCUUAGCCUUUGCCCCACCCCCACCCCCACUCAGGACUGGACACUUUCCCUCCAGUCAGAGGCUCUGGAAAAAAACUUAUUGGCUGGAGUUCAGACUUCCCACGACCCCUAGUCUUGUCACCCCUUCUUGAAAUGACUGCAGUCCCACCACAGCCUGGGGUUCAACUAGCAACAAACACUGAGUGUUUUUUCUCUUUGUGUGCCUUGGGCCUUGCCCAGCCCAUUGAUGUGGACAGAAGUGGACAUCCAGAGUCUUCAAGUUGACCACCACUGAGACACACCCACUGAUUUUUCUAGAUUUUUUUUACCCCCAUAACUGAUACAUCUAUUUACCAUCCUGUGAAGAAGAUGGGAUACCAAAAAUGUGGACUUUUGUGGACCUGUGGGUAAAUUUUGCUCCUUUCCUAAGAAAGCCCUUCUUUCCCCCAUGUCUUCUCACUUUGAGUAGAUAAUGGAUCCAAUUAUCCAUCAAGUUCAACAAGUAUUAACAGUCUGAUUCCCAUCGCGAAUACCUAAACAAGUCCACAUGCCUACACUCUCUGGAACUCAGUAGGGUAACACUUUGUGGAGAAUAGGGACAAAUAGACUCUUGGAUGUUUAAGAAGAGAUGUCCCAAACAGGUGGGGGUGAACCUAGCAAUUCAGCUCCUCAUAGCUGUCUCAGUCCAAAGGAACUGCUCAUAUUUAUAUCCAAUCUGACUAGCAGCACUCCCCCUGCAAGUUCUCAACAUCCCCCAUAUCAUGAACAUCCAGAAAUUAAAGUUUGUACAGAAACCCAG